GAGCCACCCUUUCGCAAAACCGAAGGCAAAUCACGCCUAGGCUGUCUCUCUCUCUCUAGGCAGUGCUCGCCGACUUCUCUCUCUCUCUCAUCGGUAAGCCGUAUCUACUAUCUAUCUCACGAAACCCUUAUAUCGCCGCAGGUGAGAUCGAAGAUGCUCCCUCAAUUUUUCUAAUUUCUAGUGUUUCCUUUCGUUUGGUGCUUCCAUUUAUGGGGUUUGAUUCGCUACCCUAAACAAUUUUUUCAAUCUCCAAUAAUCCGAGAGAAACUAGAGCUGAAUAACACGACAAUUAAGGUUCUCAAAGUAAUUCUUUUUACUACUGUACUGUAUCGUUUUAGACCAAGUUUUGUUUUUAUAUGAGUUUCUGUGUUGUAUCGUUUGAAUAUGGCGGCUGGAAGGCAUGGGGGUUAUCGCGAAAACGAGUUCAGGGACCGCGAGUCCAACAUUCAAUUGUCAAGGAGGGAUUUUGCUAAAGCCAAGGAAGGGUAUGAUCGAAUUAGGAGUAGUAAUGCUAAUCUUGGCCUGGAAAGGGGCCGAGUUCAGGAUAUAAGAGAUAGGGGUAGGGUUAGGCAGAAGGAUGUUAAAGAAAGGGAGGUGAUGAAUGGCGGGUAUCGUUCAGCUUCGAGUAGGAGUGAUUCGGGCAGUAGUGGCGGUGGCGUUGGUGGGCCAAAGCGACGUGGGUUUAUGGCUAGGGCCAUUGAUAAGGAACCGGGUGAGUUGUCGAGUGAGUCUGAUGAUGCUGUUGACUCUGAAUCGCAGAUGAAGGAUCCCAAUGAUUUGCAGGUGAUCGAUAAUGGGGUCCGGUUGCCGCCUCUAGAAAGGAAGAGGAAGUUUUCCCCUAUAAUUUGGGAUAUAGAUGACAAAGAAGUCAAUAACUCGUCGAGAAGUAGGGUGUCUGUGAAAGUUAAGGCUCCUUCUCCCCCUUUUAAACCGGAGGCAUACCAUCAGUCACCAAAUGUUGCUCCAGAUGGGGGGGGUGCACAGAUAUCUCCUAGUAAGAAUAGUAAAGACAAGAAUUUGCUGCAAUCUUCAUCACCAAUAAACCCUCCUGUGGCACCUGGGUCUGCGGGUCAUGCAGUGUCCAAGUCUCCUGUAGGUUUUUCUUUUGUGUUGCCAAGCCAGCAGUGGGGUAAUAAUCUGGAAGGAGAGCAGCUGGAAGAUGAUUAUGUUCCAGCCCGGAACAUAUCAUCUUCAAGAUGGGCAGAUGCAAAUAGCUCUCCCGUUGAUGAAGGUGAAAUUAUAUAUGAUGAAGAAAUUCAUAAAAGGAGAAAGAAAAUGCCUCUUUCUGAGUCAUUGGAGGUCAGAGUUCACAACAAGUCGUUGAGUCCAGAACUGGGGGAGAUCAGGAGAGAAGGCUCGGAAAGAUCUAGAGUUAAAUCAUUUGAAUCUGAUGAACUUGUCACCCAUGGAAGGUCUUUGAAUCGGGAUGAUUACGCAGGCAGUGAUCCAGAGAAUGAUGACUUCAUGGAAAUUGCAGAUGAACAUGAAAAAACUUAUAGUAGCGCUAGCCAGUUAAGUACAGAUUCAGGAGAUGAAGAUGAUUCUCAUGGGACACCAGAACCUACACCUGCAGCUCCUCCACAAAGAAGUGUAAACAUGCUUCAAGGGUGUAGAAGUGUUGAUGAGUUUGAGAGACUUAAUAGAAUUGAUGAGGGCACUUAUGGUGUUGUAUAUAGAGCUAGGGAUAAGAAGAGUGGGGACAUUGUUGCAUUGAAGAAGGUGAAAAUGGAAAAGGAAAAAGAAGGUUUUCCAUUGACUUCUCUGAGGGAAAUAAACAUUCUUCUUUCUCUCCAUCACCCAUCAAUUAUAGAUGUUAAAGAAGUAGUGGUGGGGAGUAGCCUCGAUAGUAUAUUUAUGGUGAUGGAGUACAUGGAGCAUGAUCUCAAAGGACUUAUGGAGACAAUGAAACAGCCAUUUAGUCAGAGUGAAGUUAAAUGCCUAAUGCUCCAGCUUUUGGAGGGUGUUAAGUAUCUUCAUGAUAACUGGGUGCUUCAUCGGGAUUUGAAGGCUUCGAACCUUCUUUUGAAUAACCAGGGUGAGUUGAAGGUUUGUGACUUUGGGUUGGCUCGUCAAUAUGGGAGUCCAUUGAAACCGUAUACUCAUUUGGUGGUUACCCUUUGGUACAGGGCACCUGAACUUCUGUUGGGAGCAAAACAGUAUUCCACAGCAAUUGACAUGUGGUCGUUGGGUUGCAUCAUGGCUGAAUUCUUAUCUAAGGAGCCAUUGUUCAAUGGGAAAACUGAGUUCGAUCAACUUGACAAGAUUUUUAGGAUUCUUGGGACACCAAAUGAGACGAUUUGGCCUGGAUUUUCCAAGCUCCCAGGGGUCAAGGUCAACUUUGUCAAGCAUCAGUAUAAUCUAUUGCGGAAGAAAUUCCCCGCCACAUCAUUCACUGGAUCUCCGGUGCUCUCUGAUUCUGGAUUUGACUUGUUGAACAAACUUCUAACUUAUGACCCUCAGAGGCGAAUUACAGCUGAGGCUGCUCUUAAUCAUGAAUGGUUCCAUGAGGUUCCUCUUCCCAAAUCCAAAGAGUUCAUGCCUACUUUUCCUGCUCAGCAUGCUCAAGACAGGCGUACGCGGAGGAUGGUGAAGAGUCCCAAUCCUUUGGAACAGCAGCGUAGAAAGGAGUUGCAGCAGGGUCAUUUAGGGACCGGAGGUGUGCUUGGCUAAGUCAAUGAAUAUGCAGUGUGGCCUUGAUCUCCCUCCUUUUGCCUUACACAACACCAACUAGUAAAUGAGGUUGAGGUGAGAGAUGCAUUGAAACGAAGUUAGUGUUUCUCGGAAGAUCAUUCAUGCUGUUUUUUAGCAGGCACUAUCAGUGGUUUGGGGAGACACUUGUAUUGCUCUUUCUGCCAACCAGAUUCAUUGCAGGUUAUCCUUGUUGUUCAGCUUUGGUCAUCAUUGCUUACAUUGAAAGGUGUGGCGUAACUGCCUUUCUUAUUAAAAAAAGGUUUCAGCUGAAACUUGUGUAUGUAACAUAUUAUUUUUUUUUAUCAUUGUAAACUCUUUUAAAUUUGUUUUUGUAUAAUAGUAUCGAAUUCUCCA